ACUUCUCAGAAUGAGAUUUAUUUUCCUGGAAGCUAAAUCAAAAGUGGUUAUUCUGUUGAAUUUGAUAAAGCAUUCUAAUCUGAUAAGUCACAUUUAAAACUAAUGUGAGUUACUAUUUAAACAUCAUUCAAGUCUAAUUCAUCUCAUAGUUAAAAUCGUAGAAAUUUCUCCAAUUCUAGAACUAAGUUUCAGUGAAAGUUUUCAUAUAAUGUUUCAGUUAAUCGUCUUCUGUUUACUUCCAUUAUUCGUUUCUUGUGCCAUCAACUGGGAAGAUUGUGGAAACGCUGAUAGAUCAUUUGUCUUCAGAAAGUUGAACUUCAAAGAUCAGAAUUUGGUCAUCGAUGGCAAGAGCCCGAUUCAAACUGAAGUUGACUUCAGUUUACUUGAUCCUGUUGACAAGGAAGUUACAUUAAGUGCUGAGCUCAGAAGAUACUUUAACAUUCUUGGUGCUGAGCAAAGUGUUAAACUUCCUUGCAUAAACGACGUUGGAAGCUGUUCCAAUAACUUCUGUUAUUUGGUUCAAUCUUACGAAACCGUGGCUCGAACCAUUGCUACUCAACUGAAAGUACCUUUUAACUGCGAGAUGAAGUCAGGUCGAUAUUCAGGAAACAUUACUUAUCCUGUUCCAUUGGAUGGAUUCAGACCAUUGCUUUCCGCUCUUAGCUGGGCAGCUUCGGGUAAAUACGAGUUUAUUGUUCGAUGGUACUUAGAGGGUAACGAGAUUGGAUGCCUUGCUGUGUCAGCUGAUUUACAAAUCGAUGUAUAACCUUUUUCAUCAAACUUCAUGUACCAUGGAUAACAGAUAACCGUAAUUCAAUUUUCAAUUCAAGCAAGGCUUAAAUGAAUGUAAAGACUUGAGCUUCAAAAAUGUUGUAUAUGUUAUUCAAAAAAAUGAUGCUCGUACCCUAAACUGUAUCAUUAUUAAUACUCAGCCUCAGAUUUUUUGUAAAAUCAUUUGCAGAAAUUAAAAAUAUGUUCAUAAA